AUGCCUAGUUGCUCCAAUUCUAGCGGCUCCACAGACCGCUGCUCCAGCCCGGCACAUGCCUCCAUUGGUUUCCUCACCCAAGCAAGGACCCAAGCAAGGACACGAAAGUACUUCCUUGGGACGGGGCCUUUUUGUGAGAGUACCUUGAAACAAGAGACUCAGCAUCUCCAAGCCUACCGGAAAUUCUUGCCAAGCAGUUAUCACCCGGGAGGCACCAAGUUCAGACUCUGCAUCGGCUACGGUUCCCCUGACUCCAACUUCUCCAUUGCCAGCGGCUCCACGGACCGCUCCCUCAGUCUGUAA